GUAUCACUUCCUCUGGUAUUUUGCUCGAACUUUUUUUCUCACUCUCUCACUCUGUCUUUGUGAGGAUCAGCAGCUGUUUCAGAAAGCAUGUCUACCGCAAUCUUCACAGAAUUGGACAGUGAGAUCGGGGAGCUUCUGGAGGAGUUUGAGGCUGUGGUCGAGGAAAUGACCACUCCAUCAGUAAGCACACAUGGCGCCUACAAACCGGUGCUGAGCGCUGCCAAACAGCGACCUGGCUUCAGCGAUGGAGUGACGGACAGCGGCAUCGAGGACGCGGAUGAUGUGAGUGAACCAUCUCAAGCAAGCAGUUUGAAUGCAAGUGUGGAAGAGCUCAACACCACAGGCAUGAUGACUUCACGGAAAGUUAAACUUGGGGACACCUCGGACCUAGAGAGGUUUAUUGAGAACCUGGACAAAGAGCUUGCAGAGAUGUGAACAGACAGGACUCAUGUAACUACAGGACAGGAGCCAAGACUAUCAGCAUAUACCAGCAAGAGCAGAUUGAGAACUUUCAUCCAUGAACAAACAAAAUCCCCCUCUUGGAGAGGAGAUUCAAGUUGUCGUACACCCAAAACAAUAAUUAUGGACAACAAAUUACAACUAAGACAAGUUAGCAUGAACCAUCUUUAAUCCUGUUAAAAUGCAUAUAUUACCAUGGCUUAUAUGUAUUAUUACAAAUGCAAUUUUUGAUUGAAAUAUUUAUUAUUAGUCCACAGUCUCACUGAAUAUGAACCAGGACAACACCUCAAUCAGGAAUAAGGAUGGAUUAUGAAGGUUCUUUUACUCUUUGCUUCAAAGAUUUUCUUUGUUGAAUUCUAAGUAAAAAAAUUCACUUGUAAUGAUGCCAGCUUAACAUCGCUGAGACUAUAACCGCUUUUCAACAUGAUAAUCAACUUAAUUUGACCUAUGACCUAAAAAUUUCCAGCAUCCAGCAGUUAUUGUUACUAUAUUACAUUACAGGCCUUUAGCAGACACUCUUAUCCAGAGCGACGUACAGCAUACCCAGAGCAGCCUGGGGAGCAGUUGCGGGUUAGGUGCCUUGCUCAAGGGCACUUCAGCCAUUACUGCUGGUCUAGAGAAUUGAACCAGUGACCUUUUGGUCCCAAAGCUGCUUCUCUAUCCAUUAGGCCAUGGUUUCCCCAUAGUGUUACUGUUAAAUUAUUUUCUGAAUGCACAGAGCAGCUAAUUGUAGUAGAUAACAUUGUCUAUUGUGUUUACUGUAUAAAUAUUCAUGUUAUUGCUCAUAGUAUCUGCACUUUUAUUGAUAAAGGAAACAUUUGUAAAAUAAAAUAUAUAUUUUUUUACAUUUUAA